AUGUUCUCCGUAGUCCUUAAUUACAUAUCAUAUGUGCAUACACAAACAUUAUACCAGUGCAACUUUGAUAGUGCUGUUGCACUUGAUAAUUGUUUCACAACAACAAUAUCUGUAGUUUCAAACGUCGGAAAUCCAACCAAUAUAGCGCCAAAUGGAGCUUUAUCAGAUGUCACCUCGAGUUUGACGCCAACAGAUAAUGGAGAAGUAUGCAAAUUACCCCAUAAAGUCGGCACAUUCAAUUGGGACAUGUAUUUUUGUAAUAAAGGCACUUGUCCAACUGCAAGCAGUUCAAAUAGUACAUGUAAAGCAGGCAAAUUUGGUUCUGUACAAUUAAGUAAUAAUGAUAAAAAAUCCUAUCAACUUAAAACUGAAUCUGGUGGAAUCAAUGGUGUAGGCCAGCAAUGUCUUAUUUAUUACUAUUAUAUGGGUGCUGGAAGCACGAAAAUUAUCACCGUCAAUAAGGUGGAAAUGAGUGGUAGUAGUCAGAUCAUUGAUUCUGUCACAAGCAGUCCAUUCAAUGGAUGGAUACAGCGUAAAAUAUCUUUCACUGCUGAAGCAAAUGGUUAUAAAUUGAAUUUCGAAGCACAAAGAACAGCUGGAUUCCAAGCACCUUAUAUAGGAUUUGACGAAAUUUCAAUUCGUCAAGGAAGUUGUGAGGACGAGCCCAUAACUUCUGGCUCCACUACAGAAACUGCAACACCUAUUCAGACAACUACAACAACAAUGUCAACUGAGACCACCAAAACAACAGCGAUGCCAGUCGAAACAACAACAACAACAACUACACCCGAGCCAGUCGUGACGACAACAACCACACUGGCUGAGACAACCACAACCAUAACAACAACCACCGUAACGAUAACCACAACAACCACCGUAACGACAACCACAACAACCACCGUAACGACAACCACAACAACACCCGAACCAAUCGUGACGACAACAACCACAACAACUGAGACAAUCACAACCACUACAACAACACCCGAACCAGUUGUGACGACAACAACCACACCAACUGAGACAACCACAACCACAACUACGACAACUACAACAACACCCGAACCCGUUGUGGUUGU